UUUCCCUCUCACGCUACACCCGAAUUCCAGAGGCUUUCUGGCUUCGCUGCUGCAUGGACUCAGAGCCCAGGUCCUUUGCUGUACCCAGCGGAGGCAGUCGGGGCUCCCCUCAGCUCCAGGGAGUGGACCAUGAAGACGUCAGUUGUAUUUUUGCUUUGCCUCUCCAUUUUCCCAGGCUUUUCCCAGGGCAGAGUUGUUGGAGAGGAUGAAACUGGUUUUGCUGAGUGUAAUGUGUUCUUCCCUGGACAAGUCCCACCCGAAGGAUUUACGGAGCCGUUCCAUGUGAAAAUCUGUCAGCAGUACAACAAAGAGCCACGCUUCGCAACCCUCUACAGUACUAAGGACAAAAUUCCUCUUUAUUCAGCUUUUAAGUUCACAAAGCCAGCCCAAAAAGAGGAGGAGAACUGGCUUGUGGAGCCGCAGAUAGACGAUCCAGAAAAUGACCUGCAUGAGAUGGUGCAUGAAGCCGAUAUUGUUGGCACUGUGGCCAACCUUGGUGCAAAUCAAGCCCUGACCUCAGACUAUAUGGGCUCUGGUUAUGAGAGAGGGCUGCUCAAUCCCAGCUUGCUCAAUGAGGAGGAUUUCCAGAUGGCCACUUACACGCUCACAAACGCUGUCCCUCUGAGCCCGUCUCUGAGCAAAAGCUGGCACAGAGACAUCAGAAGUGUGGUGGAGCAAGCUCUGGUCCCUCACUGCUCCAAGAAGGAUCAUCUGUAUCUCCUUGCAGGAGCAAUUCCUUCCAGUGUCCAAGUUAAAGGCAAAGUGUCAGUGCCAGAGACCCUCUGGCUGGCAGCAUGCUGUGAUGCUCCGGAGGGAUGGUCCCUGGGACUAGUGAAAAAAAUGAAUGAUGAAAACAGCUUGGGGGACCUCACGGUGGGAGAGCUGGAGAAGCAGCUUCUGGCAGGAGUUCACUUGUUUAAGGGCAACUGUGGGGAAGACAAUCAAAGCCAGGAAAAAAAAGAAGCAGUACUGCAAGCUGUCAGUCAGAUCCGCUCUGGAGAGCAAGUAGGAACAAGUGACAACCAGGAGGCCAAAGACAGCGGCUUGGUGAGAAAAGUGGCUGGCAUCAUUGCUACCCCUUUCAUCAAACUUCUGGAACUCCUCAUCUAUGUGUUUGUGGAGCUGGUGAAAUUUGUGUUUUAUUUUCUGUGGCUUGUUAUCAAGCGGGUUGGUGGCACAGUUCUGGAUGGAGUCUACAGCCUGUGGAACGGGGUGGUGUCCUACUUUAAAGCCAUCAGCAUGGUGCUCAUCAGCAUCCCCUAUGAUGUCGGGAGGGUCAUCGUCAACAUAUUCCUGGGCUUCCUGGAAAUAGUUCAAGAUGUGGCAUCCCUCACCUACAGGAUUCUGCGCAUCCCUGUGGGGUUUGUCCUUCACCUCGCUGCUUUCCCUUACCACUCCAUCUGUGCCAUUCCCUCCGUCCUCAAAGACAUGGCCACCGGCAUCGGGGGCACCUUCUCGCUGGUCAUCGAUGCCACAGCCGCACUUCUGCACGGCUUUUAUUACUUGGCUGGUCACAUAGUCAAACGGUUUGUCCCUAAAGGCUCCUCUGAUGACUGA